AGUUGGAAAAAUUAUAAAUUGAGCCCUUUGCUGUGAUGAUGGUUAGUUCUAGACAGUAGAAACUAAUGUUAUUGGGUGAGGUAUUUUUAAGCAAUGACAGAGAAGUAGAAGUUAUUUUUCCCGUAACUGGACAGAAAGAUGCCUUUGGAUGUCCAAAUUGUCACUUCGAUGACUCUCCUGGUGCUUUUAAGAAGCCCCGAAGUACCAGGUUUGAGUCAAGAAACGUCGUACAUGAUCGAAUGCAUACGAGAUGCAAUCCCGAUGCAAAUUUACAAUGACUGCUGUUUGCGAGAAAACAACUGCACUGUUGCAAGACAACAAAACAGGGCAAUCGACUGCAUGAGCAGGAACAUUAUGAGCAACUACUCUUCCUUCUUCAGUGACUCCAGGGAGAGUGGUUCCAGCACGACAGAAAUGAAUCACAGAAGGCAUCAGCAGUGGUACGGUGAUUUGUUGGAAGUGCUUGCUGACGCCUGUAGAAGUCAACCCCGCGCGAGAUUGCAGACAUGCAUCAGGAAUGAACUUAUCAAGAAUUGUGCUUCAAUGAAGUAUUCAUUCAUAUCUGGGGAUCAGGAUAUGAAUAGAAAAGAUGGAAAUACACAAACUCCAACUGACAAGGAGAUGCAAUGUUUUAUGCGCUGCCGCUACAGCAUGCUCCAGGACAGGAUCACCAACCAGCCCUCUCGCUGGAUUACUCAAAGGAGGACGGAUCGAGAUCCCGGUUACAGUGACGGGUAUGGAGGACGCAUGGAAUAUCGGAGGACGAACCAUGGCUUCGGAGGACGCAGGAACCAGGACGGACACUACAUGAGCCGGCCGAUGGACUUCGGGCUGAGCACCGACUCCAGAUAUUCGAGGAGCGGAUACCGAGACGACAUGGACGACGAAGAGUUCGGGUACUCCGACAGCGAUUCUUCCAGAUUUAAGUAAAGUAACGGAUUUGACUUUAUGGACUGACAGUUGGACUACUUUUUCUUCUUUUUACUUUAUUUAAGUACUUAUAUGUAUGAGAAAUUACACUGGAGCAUUUUUUCCUUUUCUAUAUCAUAUAUUAAUAAAAAUAUUUUAU